UUGCGCGUACUUGCGCAUGCGCUCAUAGGUCUUCGAUUGUUUCCGUCUUCUUGCUGGUAGUUCUAUGCUUCUGUAGCCGUGUUAAUUUCUUAAUUUCUUGAGGGGCACGGCAUUAAAGAAUGACCUCUCAAGACGCCGAAAACAAAGACAUGGAGGUCAACGUCUUGGACGAACUCCUGGAGAAUGCCGAUGAUGACGAUUUGGCAGCGGAGUUAAAUAACGAAGAAAAAAAAGUUGGCAAAAGGGUCCCUUUGACACCUAGCACACCGCCGUCCGCAAAGGCCUCCCUAGCUGCUGCCGCCGCUGCUUCUGCCGCCAAGAAGAACUCCGCCACUGCUAAGCCUGUCAAGAGGGUGGCUUAGGUGACUAAGAGCUCGUCUCAAAAGAAAACCUUGCCGCCUCCUAAGGCCCCUUCUGCCAAGCCCACUUCGACACCCAAGAAGAAACCUCCUGCCAACGUGCCCAUCAGCUCGGCCUCAGUCGGGCCUUCCACUUCAGCGUCGGCUUCUUCCACAAGUUCGACAUCGGCUCAAUCCAAGACUAGCUCCCAGCCGAAGCUGGUCAAAAAGAUACCCACAAAGAUUGCCACCAAGUCUUCCACGACUGCUGAGAAACCUGUGGUGAUGAAAGCGAAGCCAGUGGUGUCAGCAACGGGAGAGCCAAAGAUGUCUGCAGAAGACCUCCUCACAGCUGAGCAGGCUGCUCAGAAAGGAAUGGUGAUUAAGAAAACAGUGGCGAAAAAGAUACCAACCACACAUCAGACACAGAACAAGCCGGUCAAAAAGGUUGUGGCUCCACCAAAAGCAGCUAGCCUGAAAGCCUCUGAGACAAUGUCUUCAACGAAAGUGAAGCCUGAGAAGGUGGCGGUGACAGCUCCCAAGCCAGCUCCGGUCUCCCCAAUUGUCGUCGUAGCCUCAAACAAGAUGCAUGUUCCAGAUGAAGACCCUGAUCGACUUCACGUGACGCCCACUGCGGAGGAAUUGCAAGUUGCGGAAGAGCCUCUUCCACCACCUCCCGUAGUGAGCGGAAGUUCCUCGUCUAGUAUGCACACACGCCCUUUGGACCCUGUUUCAAGCUUUGUCAUGGGAGGUGGCUCAAGUCGCAUGAGCGGUGUCUCCGAAGGCCGAGGUGGUGGAAAUACUACGGCCAAUCCAGACUACGACACCAGAAGUGAGGCAUCGUCUUCUGGCCACGAGAGCUGUUCGUGCAGCCUCGGCUCUAGCACUUCGAGGUCGCGGUCAGUGUCCAGGUCUAGGUCACGCUCCAGGUCACAGUCUUACAGUGGGUCAUCAUCAGCGGCUUCAGAACCAGGCAAUCGUUCACCAAGACACCACGUCUCUCGCAAGAGGCGUCAUUCUCCAAUCAUCUAUGACAGAAAGAACAGAAGUGUGGAGAGAACGCCAAAGCGGCCACGAGUUUCUUCAUCUGUUGGUAGACGAGAGAUUUCUGAGCACGCUGAUCAGCACCUCAUGAAGUACUUCUUCCGGAACGCCAGAUUCUUUCUGGUGAAAAGCAACAACCACGAGAAUGUUGUGCUCUCAAAGGCCAAGGGGGUGUGGUCAACACCACCUCAAAAUGAAGCUAAGCUGAACCAGGCCUUCAGGGAGUGCAAAAAUGUCAUUCUGAUCUACUCGGUUAAGGAAAGUGGCAAGUUCCAAGGUUUUGCACGUUUAGCGUCGGAGUCGAACCACGACUGCCCUACAAUCCAGUGGGUGCUGCCGCCCGGUCUGAGUGCCAGGGCUCUGGGCGGCGUCUUCCAAGUGGACUGGAUCUGCAGACGUGAGCUCCCUUUCACCAAGACUGCACAUCUAUACAACCCUUGGAAUGAUGGAAAGCAAGUCAAGAUAGGUCGAGAUGGACAGGAAAUCGAACCUCGCGUGGCUGAAGAGCUCUGCCAGCUGUUUCCCGUCGACGAAAACAUCAACCUUCGCAGUAUCCUGCGCCGCCGGGGCCGCUCGUCGCGCAGGAGCCCCACUCACCGCCGCCGCACCCCAUCACGUCGUUCUGCGUCCCCCUGCGGCCGUGGCCACCGUCAUCGCCAUGCUCGCACCAGCGGAAGGGAUGAAGCUCGUUUGCAUCUGGCGAGGUUAGACCUGACGCCGGGACGCUUGUUGCUGUGGCAGUGCUGGACUGUGCACCACCCGUGCCGCUGCGGGACUCUGGAGGGUGGCUGAGCAUAUUGCAAGGCUCCCCCCUCUUGUUUUGGAUGAGGCAGCGUGUGCUGACGGAAGCGUUCGUGCAUGGAUGGCCGAUGA